AUGUCAUUUCUUCUUAUAUUUUUUAUUCUACCUUAUCUUUGUACAAGUUCUUAUCCAUAUGGAUUAAUUCGUAAUGCUUCAAUUAAAAUUCCACUUGAUAUGAAUGAUGAUCGUGGUCAUAUAUUAAAAAGUCAAGAUUGUAAUCAAUGUCUUUGUAAUGCAUUUAGUAAUCCGAAAGUUGCUUUAUUUACAUGCACUCAAAAUGAAUCGAUAAAUGUUACUUGUCAAUUUUAUUAUUUUAUGCCAAUACGGGAUGAAAUUCAAUAUCCAAAUGUUUAUACAAAUAUAUAUUUAAUACAAACUAAUGAAACAUUUGAAGAAAAAGAUGAUUGUUGCAAUACAACUACACUUAUCAAUAAAAUCAACGAAGCAUUACGUACUAAAGAAAAUGUUACAACUGGACCGUUACGUACACUUGCUGAUGGUGAUAAUAAUACAAUAAUCACAGUUGCUUCUCAUCGUGAUGAUAGUGAAAAAAGAAUAUUGCUUAAAUUUGAUAAAUCAACAUUUAAACCUGUGGAUAUACCAAAAAUUUCAGGACUUAAAGCUGCUGGCUAUUAUGAUGAGCAUUAUUAUCUUGGUACAGAUGGAAAUAUAUAUGUUUACAAUAAAAAUCUAAGUACACUACUACAUACUAUUACAAGUAUAGGUGCUAUAAACGCGAUUCGUUUUAUUGAUAAAACACAAGAAAUGAUUGUGGGUACAGCUGGUAACGGUAUCUAUGUAUGUAGAAAAGAUGAAGUUAAAGGCUAUCUUAUAAACUGUACAUUAAUUCCGAGAAUUUAUAAUGACGAACAAUUACAUGCUGUUGGCGUUGUUAAUGAAAAUGCAUUUUAUGUUGGUUGGGAUGAUACAGAUCCGGGCAUUCAUUUAUAUACGAGAAAUCCGAGGGAUAAUACAUGGACAACAAAAGAUAAUGAUAAAAUUACUCACGGUUACGAAACAUCAGAUAUUAUUAUCGAUAAUUGUAAACGAAUAUGGGCAGUUGUAGCGCACGGCGAUAAAGUAAUUAUUUAUGGUCAGAAUAAAACAGUUUUAGGUGCAUUUAAUGUGGUUGAUAAAAGUUUAUUUAAUCUUAUGAUUGCUGAAAAUUAUACACUUAUCAUGUCACAUGGAUCUAACAAUGGUUUAACUCGUAUUAAACCAGAUUUAAAUUGUCGACCACUUCGUUGA